UCAUCGAUAUAUGAAUACACUACAACAGCAAACGAGUUGCGCGCGUUCUCGCUGCACGUGUCGACGUCGUGCGCGAGCGCAACGCUCAGCGUGCGCGUGUCGCUGCCGCCCGUCUGGAGACUGAUCAAGGACCAACCGAUUUCUCUCAACGCCACUAAGUCCGCGCCUCGCGUGCUUUACUACAAGUUCCCGGAGGACGACAGCAGCGUGCGGCUCGUGGUCUCCUCCGAGAGCAACAUCUGCGCCAAGCUCUCCGUGCAGAACUAUACAUGCCCAAUUAAGCAAACAAGUGAGGAAGUGAUAUCGGGUCUACGACUUACUAUGAUGCGCUCUGGUGCCAUGCAAAUUUCGCGGUCGCAGUACCCGCUGGGCUUCUACAUAGUGCUGAUGGUGCUGCAGUCGGAUGAGGCGUGCGACAUGGCGGCGGAGCCCGAAGCGGACUGGCUGUGGAGCGCGGCGCUGUGGGGCGCCGAGGCGCAGCACCGCGCCGCGCACGAGCGCCGCAAGGAGUUCACCGUCACCUUGCAGCGUCCCACCAUUGUCCGUAUCCCACCUGACGUCACAUCACUUAUUCAGGACAGUCUGUCUGCUCCCUAUUUUUGUCCUGUAGACCUAAACACUGACAAAUGGGGAUUUUAUCAAGUUUAA